CCGGUGCCCAAGGGUGGCCGCCGGCGCGGUCGCGGGCGACGCCCCCCCGCGACAGCCCGAGAUCGGCCGGCAACGAGCGGCGGGCUCGAAGCCUCUCGGGUUUGCGGAGGACUUCCUGGGACUGGGUGGAGCUGCAGGCGGAGAUGGCCCGCACGGGCCUCCUCGAGCUUCCGGCCGGGCGCACCCCCAGAGGCCUCCUGCCCGAGCCCGGGGCAGGCCUGCGACGGCGGGUGGUCGCCGCCGCGGCCGGGGAGGGCGAUGCCGCCGAGGCGGAGGCCUGGGCCUGGCUGCUGAGCGACCCCUCGGAGGCCCUGCCGACCGACCGCUUCGCCGGCGAGCGCGUGGCCAGGGCCUGGGCCAGCGCCGACUUCGGCCGCGGCGAGCGGUGGCUGGCGGGCAUGCUCUCGGCGAGGCUCACGCCGAACAGGGAGGCCUUCCGGUGGAUCCUCGAGGCGCUCGCCGCCCGGGGCGACCUCGCGGCCGCCACGGGCUGGCUCCAGCGCAUGGUCAUCGCGGAGAUCCGGCCCGGCCCAUGGCGUACAACGCGCUCGUCGCCGGCUGCGCCACUGCGAGCGACUGGGCCAAGGCGCUGGACUGCUUCGGGGAGAUGCGCCUCGUCAUGCUGGACCCCGACGCAGACUCCGAUCGGAGAGGCGUGAUGAGCGCCUUCGCCCGGGGCAGCAACACGCUCCAGGCGGAGGCGUGGUACGAGUCCAUGCUGAACGCCAGCCUCCUUCCCGCCCCGACGGUCCGCCACUUCGGCGUCCUCAUCGGCAGCUGCGUCCGCGCCGGCCACGCCGCGCGCGCCGCCGGCUGGCUGCGCGGGAUGCGGGGCGCCCGGGUGGAGCCGGACUGUGGGUGCUGGUGGACCUGCUUCAACGGUGUCCUCCAGGCGUACAGCCGGGACCACGACGUGGAGAUGGUGGAGAGCCUACUGAAGGAGAAUGGUCAGCAACGCCCUGGCGCCCGACGCCGAGUCGUA